UUUUUUUUGGGUGAAUCCGCGUCAUGUGAUCCGAAAAUAUAACAAAAAGCUGCAUUUACAUUAAUCUCUUUUUAUAUACUUUCGGUCACCCCCAGUCCCACUCCAAAUUAGCUAUCUCACCAAAUAGUAGUAUGGCCACGGAAGAGCCACUUUUGGCCAAAACCUUGGAAGAAAGAAAAUGGAGGAGUGCUAUAACAGAGGAGCUGAAAAAGCUUAUAUCCAUGGCAGCUCCGAUGAUGGUGGUGAGUGUGUCUCAGUACCUGUUGCAGGUGGUUUCGGUGAUGAUGGCCGGUCAUAUCGAUGAACUCUCGCUCUCCGGUGUUGCCAUCGCCUCCUCUUUCACCAACGUUACUGGCUUCAGUCUUCUUGUUGGAAUGGCUGGUGCAUUGGAAACUUUAUGUGGGCAAGCUUAUGGAGCAGGACAAUAUCACAAAUUUGGAAUGUACGCUUAUUGUGCUGUAAUUUCUCUUAUGUUGGUCUGUUUACCAAUAUCCCUCCUUUGGGUAUUCAUAGAGGAUUUGCUUAUAUUGAUUGGCCAAGACCCCUUAAUCUCCCAUCAAGCUGGAAAAUAUGCAAUCUUACUCAUCCCUGCACUUUUCGCACACUCUAUUCUGCAAUCACUGAUCCGCUACUUCCUAUCUCAGGGUUUGAUCCUUCCAAUGCUAAUAAGCUCAUGUUCCACUCUAUGUUUCCAUAUACCGGUUUGUUGGGUUUUAGUUUAUAAAUUGGAACUGGGAAGCACUGGAGCAGCAAUGUCCAUAUGUUUAUCAUAUUGGUUGAGUGUGAUUUUCCUCUCUUUAUACAUGAAGUAUUCUUCAAAAUGUAACAAAACUCGUGUCGCAUUUUCGACUGAAGUAUUCUCGAGCAUUAAGGAGUUUAUAUGCUUUGCUGUUCCUUCUGCUGUUAUGGUUUGUCUUGAAUGGUGGUCAUUUGAGCUGCUCAUUUUGCUGUCUGGACUCUUACCAAAUCCGAAACUCGAAACUUCAGUCCUUUCAAUUUGCCUUACUACAACUUCAUUGCACUAUUUCGUACCAUAUGGGGUUGGUGCUGCUGCAAGCACAAGAGUGUCCAAUGAAUUAGGAGCUGGUAAUUCGCGUGGAGCUCAGAUUGCAGUUCAUUCAGUGAUGAUGCUUGCAGUGAUAGAGGCAGUUGUUCUAAGCACAAUUGUGUUCUGCUGUCGCUCUGUUGUGGGAUAUGCUUACAGCAAUGUUAAGGAAGUUGUGGAUUAUGUGGAAACAAUAACUCCUCUGCUUUCUCUUUCCUUUAUCAUGGACAGCCUAAUGGCUGUACUUUCUGGGAUUGCAAGAGGAUGUGGGUGGCAAAAUUUAGGGGCUUAUGCUAAUCUGAGUGCAUAUUAUUUAGUUGGAAUUCCAGUAGCAAUUAUAUUGGGAUUUCUUGUAGGUCUUAGAGGAAUUGGCCUCUGGAUAGGAAUAUUAACUGGGUCUACCGUACAAGUAGUGUUGCUUGCCCUUUUAACUUUCUCCACAAAUUGGCAAAAACAGGCAAUCAAGGCAAGGGAAAGGAUAUUUAAGGAGACAUCAAAUGGGAGUUUAGCUUAAUUAAGGAAACAAACAUAUUACAUAUUAUAUCGUUCAUACAGUCCAUGUCAAAAUAAUAACAUAUUUUUUAUGGUUUGUAUAUUUGUUGAAAUACCUAUAGGAAUUUUUCUUCAUUUUUUUUUUUUUUUUUUUUUUAAAUUCUCCAUCAUAACAACCUCAUGUGAAACCAUUUUGUCCUUUAACAAAGGUUCUAGUGUUCAAUCCAAUAUAUAUAUAUACACACACACACACACACAUGCAUUUCUCACAUGAUAGUUGAGGUUGCGCACCACUUGAUAAUAUGCGACCAACGCUUUAAAAGGAUAGGCAUGAAACAAGGAAAUUUUCUCCAUUAUUCAUCUAUUUGUCAAGGAUAGACGUUGAUGGCUUACCACUUAGUGGGCCUCCUUGCCCACUUUAUAAAGUCAAUGUUUCUGCUUCCAUGGUUUUACAUACUUUCCACUUUUGUGUAUAUAUCUUGAAAAAAGAAAGUUGAUCGAUGUUUUCAUUAUUUUUAGUGUAUUUUUCUGGAUCUUUGUUAUAUAUUUUCAUACGAAUAUGCUCUUCUAAUCAUAUAUAUAACCAUGUUGAUGAUUAUGUACUCUUAAAUGGGCAUCAUUUGAGCUAAUUACAUUGCUAUCUGGGCUUUUACCAAAUUCAUCAAAUGCAUCCCAAUUUUCACAACCUCAAAAUCAGGCUCUGUGGUGUAAUUAAUUUAUUAACUAUUCCAUGAAGCAUUUCUACACCUUUUUUUACUUCUUUUCUGUUUUUAUUCUUUUACUGAUAAAGCAUUUCUACACUUGAUAAGCAUUAAUCUGCAUUUUGUACCAUUUUUGUACCACCUAGGUUUUGAAUGAAUUGAGGGCAGGGGAAUCAAAAGGGAGCUCAGUUUGCUAUGAUUUGUGGCAAUAGUUCUUGCAAUUGAGGAGGCUCUUGUUGUCAGCACCAUUCUCUUCAGGUGCCUGCCAAUGUUUGCACAUAUGCUGUUAGAGAUGAUGAUCCAAAUUCUAAUUGGGCCAACUUGAAAAGCUUCCUGUGUGACCAUUUGAUGAAAUUUAUUUUGUAAAAAAUUUUUUAAGAUUCUGUGAUGAUAAUGGAAGUCGAGGGAGGAUAGCUGUGCUAUAAGUUUUCAAAGGCCAGUUUGGAAUGCGAGAAUGAAUGGACUUCAAUCCUGCCACUUUGAAUGGCUCAAUAUUUAUUUCCUUAUUAUUUUCAUAAACUAUGUAGGCUUUCAAAUUAUGCUUAUUGGAAAUCACUUGACCUAAUGAAUUUUGUUGGGCAUCAUA